AGACUCGGAGCGUAUAGGAGGAGGUUAUAUUGUGGUGGAUCCAGUUCUCCGUGUCGGGGCCGACGACCAUACUUUGCCGUUAGACUGCAUCACCAUCCAGACCUACCUGUCCAAAUGUCUGGGACACUUGGACGACUGGCCAGAUAGACUUAGAGUGGCCAAGGAGUCGGGAUACAACAUGAUCCACUUCACUCCAGUGCAGACUCUGGGGGAGUCCAGGUCCUGCUACUCCUUAGCUGACCAGCUGAGCGUCAACCCAGAGUUCAGCCCAGCGGGUCGCAGCUACGACUGGACAGAUGUGGGGGGGCUGGUGGAGAAGCUAAAGACAGAGUGGGACAUGCUGUGCAUCACAGAUGUGGUGUAUAACCAUACUGCUGCUAACAGCAUGUGGAUAAGGGAGCAUCCAGAAUGUGGAUACAACCUGGUGAACUCUCCUCACCUGCGCCCAGCCUGGGUUUUAGACAGAGCUCUGUGGCAUUUAACCACCAGAGUAGCAGAGGGACGCUACAAAGCUAAAGGACUUCCUGCUGACAUUACCACGGAGAGUCAUCUGAAUGCCGUCCGUAGUGUGAUGUGGCAGGACGUGUUCCCUCAGAUCAAACUGUGGGAGUUCUACCAAGUCAAAGUGGACAGUGCUGUGGAGGAGUUUAGGACCCUGCUGCAAAACGGUACCAAGCCAGACCACAGCAAGACUGGAGGGCAGACGGGCCUCAGGAUCAUUCAGGAUCCACAAUACCGUCGCUAUGGCAACACAGCAGACAUGGACUCUGCUUUGGAGACGUUUGUGCCUCACAGCUUGUCACCUCAACACAUCGAGGAGUGCUGCGGUUGGCUCAAUCAGAAACUGACUGACCUGAAUGCAGAGCAGUAUCACAUAGUGCACCAGCAUCAGGAGCAGGUAAGGCUGCCACUGUACAGGGCCACACCUGACAUGUUAGCUAGAGGGGAAAAGCAUCGAAAGCUGUUAAACCUGUGAAUUAACAUCCGUCUGUCAGUCAGCAUCGGGCCAAUGCAGCCCCAGGUUUAGAGCAAAACGACUGAUAACAGCUACGCCUGAGACGAUGCUGUCACUUUAACUUGGAGCCAGAGUCUGAGGACACGCUGUGAAGAGCAAAGAGGCGGAGCUGUGACCAGUAAUCACCAUUAAAAGCUUCACAUGAAAAAGCUGGUAGUAGUCCUUCAAAGCACCUGUUCAACAGAAGUGUAAAGCUGCUCCAGCCACCGCUGUUUGCAGAAGUUACGUUUAACUGAUACAGACAGGCAGCAUGCUGAACGCUGACGGCAGGACACAGGACCCUGCUGCAAACAGGGGCGGAGCUAAAGGGGGCCGUGGGGUGUACCGCACGAGCUCAGGGGUUUCCUAACAUUUCGUU